AUGGAGCCGACGGACACGAGCACCGAGACGCCGUUACUGCGGUGCUGUGACACAGGCAUAUCGAAUCCUUACGUGGAUGUACUCGCCAGAAUGGAGCAGCUCAAUAGGUCAAGCGAGGAGGACACAAGAAGUAUGGCAUCUCAAAAAAGUGCUUCCAGUGGAAGUCCCAAAGGACAUGAACCGAGUUUGGCUGAAGAUGAUGAAGAGGACCUUUGGGGCGUUUGGGGUGAAGUCAUUCACAAAUGGGAAGUCGAAGUUAAGAAGAACCCCUCUUCUAUCAAGACCUUGGUGAAGCGGGGUAUUCCACAACAUUUUCGGACGAUUGCGUGGCAGUUGUUGUCAAAUGCAUCGGUUUCUUCCAUCCAUGAGGUCUACUCAGAUUAUAUGCGACAGUCAUCUAUUUAUGAGAAGGUUAUACAGCGAGACAUUCCGCGAACGUACCCUGAGCUGGAGUUCUUCAAAGAUGGCGGUCGAGGGCAAGCAUCCCUUUUCAACGUUAUGAAGGCAUAUUCUAUCCAUGACAAAGAAGUCGGAUACUGCCAAGGAAGCGCCUUCAUUGUAGGUCUCCUGCUCCUGCAGAUGCCGGAAGAGGAGGCGUUUGCCGUUUUGGUUCGUUUGAUGGAAAAUUAUCGACUUCGUGAGCUGUACAAACCUGCGAUGACCGAUCUCGGAUUGUGCAUGUUUCAGCUCGAAUGUCUUGUCCAGGAACAGAAGCCUACCACAAAAGUUCCGGACAUCGCUGUCACACUUCGAUCAACUCUCCUGAGAAUUAGCACUGGUCAGUCAUCUAUGCUUUUGAACGGAGGUGAAAUAAGAGAGGAGAUUGGGGGAACGGUGAAGAGGGUCCCGGCGGAUUCUCCGCGAAUGCCUCCGAGACAUAACGUGCCCAGUGGAUAUGCCGGCGGAUACGCGAGCAUACCUCGAAGAGGUCACGCUCCAGUCGUUCAUGAAGACGCAGACGACCGUCUUAGAUGUUCUUCUAGCCAAAGAGGCGCAGAAAACUGCGGAGUUACAAGAAAAUAUGCAAAGAAGAGUGGUAUGAGCUCUGAUAUCGCUUUCAGAAAGCCUAGAAAUCUUACCAAAUCUUAA